AUGCCGAAUCGCAAAGAGAGUCUAUUUUACCAGAAAAUCAAGCCCUGCAUGGAGAAGUACCUACCACGUUAUUCUUCUUCACAACAGGGUCACAUACAAUUCGAGUGCAACUGCGAAUUUUCUUAUGGAAAUAGCGGCUUCCGCGAUAAAUACCAAUCUGCCAGUUGUGAUUUGUUGAACGCUUUAAAUAAAAGCGGCAUUCUUGUGGGACUGCUAUUUGCUAAGUACAAUUAUGAAACGGCUAAGAGGCAUAACCUACUUGGGGACCAAUUGGAAGGAAGAGAGCAGGAUUUGUACAAUGUGUGUGGUGUGCAUGAAGUUAGGUGGAAAAAUGUGGGCAUAAUAAUUACCGCUUCGCAUAACCCCCAUGAUGAAAAUGGAGUAAAAAUAAUUGACCAAAAUGGGAGACAAAUAAACCAAGUAUACGAAGGUUAUUUAACCGAUCUGGUAAAUAGGCAUUUGAGAUUUCUUCGAAAAAAUGAAAAAUGUUCCAUCAACGACAUCGUCGAUGAUAUAAUCGACUGCAUUGCUCAUCUCUUCAAGGAGGAAGCACACAUAGACAUGUAUGAUGAUUUCUCUUUUGAGAAUUUACGCAUGUUGGACAAUAUGAUUCACUCUUUUAACAGACAAAAUGUGCUGAAGGCGAAUGUGUGCAUCGGGUUUGACACGAGGAGCAGCUCCGUACACCUCAACCAGAUCCUUGUUGAAACGUUGAAUCUCCUAAAUAUUUGCAAGUGUGUAAAUAAUAUGUGUUAUGUUACCACGCCGUGCAUGCACUUUGUUGUGUAUUUUUUUAACGCAGUUAAUGUGGAUGAAGCGUUGGACUCUGACGUUAUCAAUGCGGGGGGGUGCCAUUUGCAUAAGGAAGUGGGCGACUUGGAUUAUCUUAGCGGUUUCUGCAUCCCGGAGGGGAAGCUUCCCCCACGCGAUCUGUACUACGGGGUGGGAGAGCAGCCAUAUGGUCAACUGUCACCUGCUGGGCCGGAGGUGAGCACGUUGCAAAAAAGCAAUGUCAGCCACCUGAGGGCCUAUAACAGCGACAAGAUUUACUUCGCCUACUUUACGAACGCCUUCAAAAAACUGUACAGAUGCCUUGACGAAAUAUUUGACGGAGCUUUGACGAAAAAUUGUGCAGAAGAAAUUAUCCAUGUGGACUGCUCGAACGGAAUAGCUAGUCUUAAAUUGGAUAAUUUCAGUAACAUUUUUAAAAUGUUAAAAAAAAAAAUUAUAAAAAUAAAUUUUGUGCAGGAUGAAGAAAGCGUUUUGAACUUCCAAUGCGGAGCAGACUAUGUGUACAGCAACAGGAAGUUACCUCUUAAUGGAAGGAACUGUCUCGAGGUUGGCCAUACGAAGUGUUGUUCAUUUGACGGCGACGCUGAUCGGAUCGUCUACUUCUAUGUGGAGGACAUGGGAAGAAGGAAUGGUAGUUUCGAACACGUGGAUGCAGCAUCGUCUCCUCCGUUGAGAGAUACAAAACGGGAUAAUCAUCACGACAAUGAAAUUGUCAACCGUGCCAACUGUGUGUCCAUCCUAGACGGGCCGAAAAUCAUUUGCCUGUUUUUCAAAUGCAUCACCAAAAUUAUGAGUCCCAUUAAGGUGGAAAAAAAAAACUCACAUUUGGAUGAAGAAAAAAAAAAAAAAAAAAAAAUUAAUAUCAGCAUUGUGCACACAGCUUACGUCAACUCAGCUUUUAUUCACCACAUGAAUGAAGAGAAAAGACGCGCCAGCGAAAAUGUUGAUCUCUUUCAACACAUUAAUGUUCAUAUUAUUUGCACGAAAACAGGCAUUAAAUAUUUGGACCAGGUUGCAAGAGAAUCGACCAUCGCGAUAUUGUUCGAGCCGAAUGGCCAUGGCACCAUCUACACAAAUAUUUCUCAAUUGAAUGAGUGCGCGAGUUGGUUGGAAAUACAAUCUGAUAAAUAUUUCAUGGCGUUAAAAAGAUUUCUCCUGUUUUUUAAUCAAACCACAGGAGAUGCCAUGGUCGAUUUUGUUGCCAUCGAAUUGUGCUUGUCUGUUCUCCAUCUCACUAUACAUGACUGGGAUGCCUUCUACACCCCCCUCCCUUCCCUCUACGUCAAUUUGCCCUGUUCUAAAUAUAUGCUGAGUAAGAUACUUGCGCACCCCGAGCAUGAGAAGUACCUAAUAGCGCCGCAGAGUCUGCAAAAUGGAAUAGACCAAAUUGUGAAGACAGUGGAUGCUGUGCACGGGAGAUGCUUUAUAAGACCCUCGGGGACGGAGACGCUCAUUCGCAUUUACGCGGAGGCGACAACUGUUGCUCAGCGAGAUGAGAUUCUGCGCCUGGUGCGGGCUGUCGUCCUUCAGUAUAUGCAGGCGGGGGUGGCAGACAAGUAG